AAUGUCAGUAUAUACUUGUCUUGUGUACGCGUCUUGCCAGCUCGCUUCGCUGAGCUCGCCAGCUACGCAAGAGCAGCAUUGUCAUCGAUGUCUCGCGCUUUGUGUCUUCGUUCCAUCAAUAUAUUCCAAUGAAUAAUAAUUAAUUGAUUAUUUCUCUUUCGUCGAUAAAUGAAUCGUUCUCAGAGUGUAGUUCGAUGCAUUAUUACGCAUCGGUUACUGUUUAUGGAAAAAAAUAGUACAAAAAAAUAGAUAAACUUCAUUGUUUUUGUUAUGAUUUUUUGAGAUCGUGAUUGUUCGCGAUAUCAAUCUUCUCGACAAUGAUGUUCUGUUCGCUAAGAAAAUGCUUUUGCAGAAAAGAAACUGUGAGAGCUUUGAGCACAGGUGAAAUUUCAACCGCUCUCAGACCAUUUUAUUUUACUGUUCAUCCUGAUCUCUUCGGACAAUUUCCCACCCAACGGACGGUAAAUGAAAAUUCUCUAAAACAACUGAGCUCAUUGAUAGAGACUCUGCAACAACGGAGACCCAUUAUGCCAACUACUUUGCCAUUUUAUCUACGCCCCAAAGACGAAAAAGAAUCAAAAGCUGGAAAAUUCACAUUAGUUAAGAUCCAGUUCAACGAUGUUGACCUCAAAAAGACAAUAAUUUCAAUUCUGAAGACCUGCAAUUUACCGACAAAGUUUGUGGAUGACAUACAGGAUGAAAGACCCCAGAAACCUAAAUACAACUCAAGAUUUUGGCAAAGUAGCGAAAGAGGUGAUUUUUCAGAGUUUGAGGAUGAUCCGAUCUAUCAGUCAAUUUUAAUGAAAAGAAAAAUCAACUCUGAGCCUGAUACUUUCAAAGCUUAUUUGGACAAACACGUGAACGAGGCACACGUGAAAUUGGAAGCGUGCAGACCAAUUAGAGAAGAAGUGAAGAAACUCGAAAAAGUAUUGUGUGAUAGCCUCGGAUUAAAAAGUAUAGUGUGGGACUGCGGCUGGAAUAUUUCGCAUUAUAGAGGCUGUCUAUUGGCAUUUCAUGCACUGGCUAAACAUCAUCCAGAACCAAUGGCCGCAUUGAGAAAUCGUGCUCUUGUUUUUGCCAAUGAUACCGGUAUAAGUCUUGAGGGAAGCGUCAUGCUGAAUUCUGGAGAAGUCAGAAAUAAUUGGCUGGAUCUGAUAAAAAAUGUGAAGAAACACGACGUAGUGCUUCUAAGACUUCCGGCUUUCGAGAAAGCCGUGUCUCGUGUACUGCUCGACAUUAAAGUUGGCCGACGGGUAUCCUAUAUGUGCAGGAAGUUCAUGCCGAAGGUGAUGGUAGGGCAGUACGAGAGACAACUUCGUCAACUCACAACAACGCUCUCGGAUUACCGGGGACGCAGGAACUAUCCAAAAACGUGGCCGAGCGAUUUAUCUUCCUACGAGAUCGUCAUUGAAGCUGAAGCUGGACCCUUGAUGCUUUCGCCUACUGGACAAUUCAUCGUGCCAUCUUCCUGUCCAGGAUUUCUCUUAGUCACAUUCAUAACUGAGAAUUUGGAGGAAGCUACGAAAAGACUGCAUCACUAUAAUAACAUCAAACACGUGGAGCAUGAAAUCCAUGACAGAACGAUCAAAGAACUCUUAUUGGCCGGUCUGAACAAAGAUGACAGCAUUACUCCUGAUCUUAUGAUUCAGUGUUGCGAGCGUAUGUUGGCUCACAAAGUCAUUUUAGCACCAAUGCUUGAAGGUGUAAUGCUCUGGGUUACACAUUACUAUUCAGUAAUGAGCGACGGUGUACUUUGCGUACCUUGGGAUUGGAAGCUCUGAGCGGAAUAUCCAACAACUUGCAUACAAUAUAUCAACCCCGAUUUUUGAUACAUUAGGCUUUUCGAGGGUAUUGUUAUCUUGAGAUUUGUGAAUUGUAUAUUUUUACCACGAUUCACUUAACUGUACAUACAUUAGAUAUUAAAAUGCUAAUAUUAGCAAUAAUGCUAUUUCAUUAGUAAAUUGUGAUAAAAAUCGAUGAAAACGAAUAUGAAGCACAAACAUUUAUAACAAAUAAACCAUCAUUUGUCAAUUUGAA